GAGAGGAUCCUUUGCUGCGCCUAAACAGAGUUAGGAUUAAAUACUUAACUGAUGUUGGACAUUGCCAAUAUGUGGGAAACAGAACCUUUUCCCAGGUCUAGAGAGGGAUGUAAGUGGACCAGUGUCCCUUCUUUUUUUCGGGACAGCGUUGUUCUGCCCUUGGCAGAGUAGAGAGCCUGAACUAUGGGGAGGCCGUUGAAGCGACAUUUGUUAAGAGGGGCAACCCAGCCUCUAACGCUCUUCUUCCUGAGUUCUCCGUAGCUCAGGAGAUACGUGAGCCCAUUCUUGGCGGGAGUUCGUGAGGCAGCUGAAGGGGCGAGAGAGAAUGGGAGGUGAGAUUCAUGGAGAGACUUUGGCUUUUUUCCAAUGAUCGCUGGUCAUCUCUUCCUCUAUCCCCGCUUUUCAUGGUUAUUUGCGAGGCCUUAGGUUUUUGGCCCGUGGGAAGUCGUGGGAAGUCUGGCGCCAGAUGCCCUGUAGACAGUUCAGCCUUCCACGGGCGGUUCUCCCGCAUGCGCAUGCGUAUACCCAUGUUUUCCUUCCCUCCCUUUCUCUUCUCUCUGUUCCCUGCUCCCUCCUCCUCCUCCUCCCCACGCUUGCCCUCUCUCUCAGGGGAUGGAACGGUGUAAGUAGCGCGUGGGAGGGGGGGAGUGUCGCCCCCAGGUCACGUGACGCAAGUGCAGGCCAUUGGAGCCGCGGGGCGGGCUCCCAGGCUGUCAGAGUGCAGCAGCCGUCUCUCCCUCCUGACGGCCCGUGGGUCCUGCUCCUCCUCGGAGCUGCUGACAGCGGCUUGUCCCUCACCCCGGCUCCCUCAGAGCCACCGCUGCCGCCGCAUCUCCAUCAGCAUCCCCAUCACCUCCGCGGCUCCGGAGGAGCAGAAGCAGGAGCAAGGACUUGGAGGAGAAAGGGGCCAGGAGGCAGUUGUCAAUCACCUCCGGUCCAGCUCCCUCUGGGCUUGCCAGAGUCUGGGGUAGCCGCCCGCCUUUACCCUUCCUGCUCCUGCCAGGGUCUUAGCAACCACCACCACUGCCGCGACUGCUGCCUCUGUCCCCUCUGCCGUCACCAUGGGGCUCCUGGACUCGGAACCUGCACGCAUGCUGGAUGCUGUGUCCACUGCUGUCAACGAUACCAUAGAGUUUUACCGAUGGACCCUGUCGAUCGUAGACAAACGUGUUGAAAACUGGCUUCUGAUGCAGUCUCCCUUGCCUACAUUAUGUAUAAGUACUCUUUAUCUCCUCUUUGUAUGGCUGGGACCCAAAUGGAUGAAGAACAAAGAACCUUUCCAGAUGCGUUUAGUGUUGAUUAUCUAUAAUUUUGGAAUGGUUUUACUUAACAUGUUUAUCUUCAGAGAGCUAUUUUUGGCAUCAACUGCUGCAGGAUAUAGCUAUAUUUGCCAGAGUGUGGAUUAUUCAGAUGAUGUGAAUGAAGUCAGGAUAGCUGGGGCUCUGUGGUGGUACUUUGUGUCGAAAGGAGUUGAAUACUUGGAUACAGUGUUCUUCAUCCUAAGGAAGAAAAACAACCAAGUAUCUUUCCUUCAUGUGUAUCAUCACUGUACUAUGUUUACAUUGUGGUGGAUUGGCAUUAAGUGGGUGGCAGGAGGACAAGCAUUUUUUGGAGCCCAGCUUAAUUCUUUUAUCCAUGUGAUUAUGUAUUCAUAUUAUGGCUUAACUGCAUUUGGCCCAUGGAUUCAGAAAUAUUUGUGGUGGAAACGAUACUUGACCAUAUUGCAGUUGGUUCAGUUCUUUGUGACCAUUGGACACACAGCAUUGUCUCUUUAUACGGAUUGCCCCUUCCCCAAAUGGAUGCACUGGGCUCUCAUUGUUUAUGCCAUCAGCUUUAUUUUUCUGUUUCUUAAUUUCUACUAUCAAACAUACAAAGACCCCAAGACAUCAAAAACUCGAACAGCAGCGACAAAUGGUAUUUCAGCAAAUGGUGUAAGCAAAUCGGAAAAGCAGCUAGUAAUGGAGAAUGGAAAAAAGAAGCAUAAUGGAAAGGCAAAAGGAGAGUAACUUGAUACAGGCCUUAAUUGUUGUUGACAGUGAGGAACUUCCCAUUUGAUAAAAUUUUCAGGGAAAAACACAAGCAAAUGAAGGUUUGGAAUAGGGAGAAAGGAGCCUUCUCUCUCUGUGCCAGUUAAACCUUUAGAUUAACUAAAGUGUUAGGUAAGACACCCAGAUGUUUAUUUAUAUUGUUUUAACAAUAAGACUUCUAGUAAACUUUUGAAUUUUGUCCAGACUAAAGGACCAUCCUGUUAUUUGGAAGAUUACCUUUCAGGCCACAAGGUUCUUCACAGAACUUUUGCUAGUAGAAUACUAGCAAAAAAUAAUGGAGUUUUCAUAAAUCUUUUUGUGCAUAUGUGCAAUUUCUUCUAAAGUUGGUUUUUGAACCAACUAGAUGAGCCAUAUCACAAAGUGACUAUGUUUAAUGAGGACAUUAGUAUACACGUGUCCUCACAAACAACCCUAUAGUCUAAAUUACCAGCUACAUGCCCUAAAUUGAAAGGGAAUAUUUUCCAUGUUCUGGGUUGAGGCAUAAUGGUAAUAUUAACAAUCUUAAGCUUUCUGGAAUUCAAAUUACUUGCUAAAGUGGUCUGAACAUGCCAUUUUUGGUUAUAAUUAGGUAUUAAAAAAUCUGGUAAUGACUCUAAACUCUUAAGUGUUUGGUGAAGUCCGGUGUUGGUGAAUAUAAGAAAGCAUCGCAGAAAAUAUGUUUUAGCAGUCCAAAGGUUAUUGGAAUAACCGGUAAUGCAAAUGAUUGUGGGGAAACAAUUUUUUGUGAGGAAAAGGUAGCCUUUGAUUAUUUCUAUUUUUGUCAGAAAUGUAUUAUGAAAAAUUAUAAUUAUUGUCUGAUUGGAACAUGAAACGUCUCUUGUCUUUAUUAGCAAUAUCAACAGUUACAUCUAUAUGCUGUUAGAAGAGAGGAUGUUGAAUUUAUCAGGCUUUCCUUGUUUUGAUUUUAGUGUCUGUUAACAGAUUUCAUAUGUAUAAAUAUACCUACCUCUUCUGUUGAAAAGAACAUUUAAAAUUAAAUAAAUUUUAAUUAAAAAAUAUCACAUAUACAAGGAGUCUUCCAAUGUAAUGUUAAUCACAUUAACUGCAAAGCCCACUUCUCUUCCUUAGUUUUGUGAAUAUUGUAUACUCAGGUUUUUCUACAAAAUCAUUCUUUCCAUUUAAAUACAAGUUUAGUUUUAUAGUGAUAGUUUUGUUGUGAUUAAAUUCAGAUAUUAUUUAUUGCUAAUAUGUAGUACAAUUCCAUUCUAGUGCAAUAUUCUUGACUCCUUGGUGCUGAAAUCAUGAAAUUUACAAUGCUUAAUGUCAUAAGGUAAUAGAUAAGGACAGAACUAUGAAGCUACACUUGCCAUUGAAAUGCAAUACUUACAUAAUAUGUGACCAAUUCCCCAGGGAAGAGAAUAUGUACUAUUUAUACUUAUUACUUGUGAAGCAGUAUGAUGUAGUGGAUGGAAAGUUGGCUUUGAAGUUAGAAAGACCUGUGUUCAAGUCAUGCCUCUGACUUAUAUAAGCUAUGUGAUCUGACAUGAGCAAGUCAUUUAACUUCCAAGUACCCCAGUCAGCUCUUCAAAGACUACGAAUUGUCAAUGAGGUAUAAGUAGAGGAAGUUACCUCAUUGGGAGGUUCGCCACUGGGAGUUCCCAAUACUGAAGAAAUCACAGGUCCAGACAUUUAAAAAAUAUACAUAUUACAUAAAUUAAUUUUCUAGGGAGGUGUUGGACAUAAUUCUAUUAAAAAGUGGAAAACUAAUACUUGACACAAAAGCAUGAACAAGGUUCUAAAAAUUUUAUUGACAUGUAAAAACUGCAUGUGCAGGAUAUACAUUGUAUGACUGUGGCAGACAAUAUUUUUAAAAAUUUCGUAAACCAUAAAUAUUUAUUGUGCAUUAAAAUUAGGCAUUUCAGUGUUGUUUUUUUCUUAAUGCAUUUACAAUUUUAAGACUUGUAAGGUACUUGCUACAGAUCCAUAGUGUUAUGGUCUGAUAGGAGGAUUAACCACAGUUUGUUUUUGCUUCUUAGUUCUGUAAUAAUGAUAGAUUUGUAAUCUGUAUAAACAAUCUGUACUGGUUCUUCUGAGCUGUACAUUCUCUGCCAUUUGAUUUAUGCACAAUAAAUAUGCUGCUGCAGUGGGAAAAAAUGAUCUUUUCUCCUAAUUAGUUUACUCAGAUGUAUAUUGGUUGCUGGGGGUUUAAUUCCUUAUCUUUAAGGCAUAUAUGUGUAACUAAAGGGUUUCUUUUCUCUAAUUUAAAGUUUAGACCUUUAAAAAUCUCAGCACAAUAUAGUUAUACCUACCAUAUCUAUUUGCAUAAAAGCUGAUUUUUUAGCAGUAUAUUUUCUAUCAUAAAAAAUUAGUUACUCAACUUUUGGAUGACAUGACAAACAAGAUAGAGAACUAUACAUUUUCUAUAGUCUCUGCUGUCAAAAUCCCACCCCCCCACCCCCGAAAUUAUGCUCUACCAGUAGAGCAAUUACAGCUGUUUCCUCAGGUCAGGAUUCCAAGAGAGCUAAAAAGGUAAAUGCCAUAUGAAUGAACAAAGUGCCUAAUUCUCAAUAUAUUUACUCAGUACCAACAACCCCUGCCCCCCAAUAUUCCCCACACUCUAUCAGGGCACACAGCCCAACCCAUGGGCUUGCAUUCUAGGUCCAACUCAAUACUAGCCUUACUGAAGCUUCAGUUUCUGCCAACACACCCCAGCCCUGUUCUCACCCCCGCCACUCUGUGGCAACAAACAGUAGACUUCGACUGUCUACCUAAAAGUUGCAGUAGGUACACGAGGAAUAGAUUGCCCUCUCUGAGGCAAGUUCUCAGACAGAGAACUAAUGAACUAAGGAAACGGGGGACAAGAAAGAAGUGUUGUGCAGGGGUAUGUAGGACUUAAAGAAAAAGGGGACUGACAUUCAGUCAGGGCCAGUUACAUCCUCCAAGAACUUAUUUUCAGCAGGGACCAAGACCAGUGAAAAAGUUAAUUUCCCAACACAAACAAUAGGGGAAUAUAAAAAAAAAAAGACUAAAACAACCCAAGAUCUCAGAAAGAAAAAAACUCAGUUAAAAAACUAGACUAAACUAAGGUAAAUCAACAGGGAAGAUAUUAAAACAGAAGUAAAGAUCACUACCAAGCCAUGUAAAGGAUAGUAAACAUCUCUAAAUAAAUAUUUUAAGACAAAGGAAAGUGUACCAAAAACUAAUGAAACUGAGGAUCUUGUGGAUUGGAACUAUAGCAUGGAACAGAAGGGUGUCCCUGAUUGGUUUAAGAGAGGAAUCAUAAUCUUGAAAGAACAAAGAGAACAAAGAAAUAAUUUACAAUAAAAAGCUGAAAUAAUACGCUGAAUAGAAAAAUUCAAUCUGUGGUAGCAAGUCUCUUCAAAAAAGCAAAAGACAACAAUUGAUAAGGAUGGAUACAAAUAUACCUAUGUGAAGGAAAGAAGCAAAGAAGAAAUUAUGUUAAAAGAACACGAUCUCUACACAAGCAAAACAUCACUGGAGAAGACUGUAUGUGUAGAGAGAGCUUAAGGAUCAUAGACUUUCUAGAAAAAUAUGACAAGUCAACAAAUCUGAAUGCCGUGAACUUUCCAGGACUUCUGAAUUCAGAAGACAAAGUUUUUUCUUUCUUUCUUUUUUUUUCUUUUUUUUAAUUGAAUUUUUUUAUUCCAGAUCUUAUAGAUAGAAAUAAUGUUGUUGUUUUUCAAAGUAGUGACCUUGAUAAGUUAUUCAUUUAUUCCAAUGAUACAUUAAUUACACAAGAAAUUUUUAGCACUCCAAAUCUUUGUAUGUAACUGCUUUCAAUGCCAGUUUACAAGUUACAUAAGAAAAUCAGCCUUAUUAUUAUAAGCUCAAAGAUUUAAGUUUGAAGGGACCUCUGAUGUCCUCUAGUCCUUUUCAUUGGCAAGGAAACUGAAAGCCAAAGAAGUGAUUCAAUUUGCCCAAUGUCACAUUGGUAGUAAGAGGCAGGGGCAAAAGUCCAAUGCAUACUCUCUGACUUGAAAUUAAGGUCUUUUUAAACUUUUUCUUUCAAUUGAAAGAAUUCAUAGAUUAGCUCAAGAAAAAAAAUCCCUUCCCUUCAAACUCCAAGACCACAUAGUGGCUAAAGUUAAUUCCGAUGACAAACAUUCUUCAAAUGACAAGGAGAAUGGCCUUCACAUAUAAACAAAUAGAAAUUUGAAGAACACAGGACUAUUCUGGACCUACCAGAAACCAAUGAAGAGAAUGGAAUAAUAAAUCCCCAGAAACAAAGGAGCUCAAGAUGCAACCUCAAAUUUAAAAAACGGGUGUAAGCAGAUUAUUCAACUUUUAAACACCCUAAUACAAGAAAGGUAAAAAAAUAUAACCACCAAGUAAAGCACAAGUAACAAAAUAAUCAUCCUAUUUCUCAAGAAAAACUCUCAAGACAACUAGGGGUUUAAAUAAAAAGAAAUAACAGAAGGACCAUUAAGAGAUUUCUUUCUAAAAAAAAGGGCAUAAAGAUGAAAGUAGAACUUAAAGAAAUAGGAGAAGGGAUAAUGGAGGAACAGGCCUGAGACACCAUGGACCACAACUCUAUUUACAAGUCAAUCAGUGUAUUUUUGUUUGUUUGUUUUUUGUUUUUUUGCGGGGCAAUGAGGGUUAAGUGACUUGCCCAGAGUCACACAGCUAGUAAGUGUCAAGUGUCUGAGGCUGGAUUUGAACUCAGGUCCUCCUGAAUCCAGGGCCAGUGCUUUAUCCACUGAGCCACCUGGCUGCCUCUCAAUCAGUGUAUUUUAUGGGACUAAACUGGAAGGGUAUAUAAAAGGGGGGAGCGGAGGUAGAAAAUUGAGGGGAAUUGUGAUGUACCCUAAUCAAGUUAACAGUAAACAAUGAAGUGAAAAUAACUCUUCCAUUCUCUCAGCAAGAGGGGAUGCAGGAGAAAGGGAGGGAUAGCAGAGGAUAGAAAGGGGGAAAUCCGAAAUUCAGUUGUGGGAUGGGGUCUUAAUGAAGAACAUUUCCAUGAGGGGAAGAAAGAUAUUCUGUAAUAGCAGUUGGAGGCCUAACAUUGGGUAUAAUCUGAAAUUACUUGGGGCACAGGGAGACCACUUCUUCUGAAAGAGUGUUGUGCUUCCAUGUACAAUGUCCUGCAUCAGGAGAAGGAAAAUCGGACUAACUGGGGGCAAUCAAUUUUCAGUACGUUGAAAGAACAAGGACCCACAAGCAAGAUUUUAGGGCAAAUGGGAAAGGCAAUGAUCAUGGGGAGGUCAGGGGCUUGAAUUGGACACAGGGGUAUUUCUACCAUUUCUAUUUCCUACAUGAAUAGAAACUUCUAUGCAUGAAGUGCAAUAGAAAUAAAGGAGAUUUCUAGGCAAUAACCUAGAAAUUUUAGAAGAGGGAACUCAAAAGUUAGUCCAUUACAAGCUUUAAUUCUAUAAGAAACAGAAAAAGACUAAAGAAUGAAUAGAUAAAUAUGACAAAAUCAAAGAAUAAAAGUUUAAAAUUUUACAGAAAGGGAAGAGAAUAAAUGAAGGGAACAAGGUAAAGAAAUAUUUUUAGAAAAAGGUGAAAAACACUGAAAAAAAAACCCUAAAGAAGUUAGAGAGGAGGGAUGAUUUCAAAUUAAUUGCGUUGAUAAAAAUGAAUGGAAAAUAGGGGAAAAUUAGAUAAAUAAUUAAAAAGAAGAAAGUAAAAAGAAUCAAUAAAUUAAUUUAAACUUCUAAACUAGAAGGAAAGGUGACCAGUGGAGAGGGGUUAUGGUUUAAGGGUGGAUCAGAUCAUCAAAGGGAAGUGAGACUUUGAAUAGGAUUAUCUUAGAGUAGAUUUAAAAAAAACAAUUGUAGCAACAAAAUGCCAUCUCAAAAGAAAAGGAGGAACAAAAAAAAUCUAAAUCCCAAUUUAGAAAAUAAGUAAUUCUAGAGACACAAAUGGAGAAAAAUGUAAACUUCACCCAUAUAAUUUUAAAUGUGAAUUAUUACCUUGCAAUGAUCAGACUGGCAAAAUUGACAAAAAGUUAGACAAAUAUUAGAGGGGUUAUGGAAAAAUGGGCACACUAAUGCAGUUAGUGGAGUUAUGACUUGACCCAGUCAUUCUGUAAAGCAAUUUGGAACUAUGACUAAAAAGUUUUUAAAUGCUGCAUACCCUCUGACCCGGUGAUACCACUACUAGGCCUAUGUCUCAAAGUGAUCAAAGAAAGGAAAAUCUAUA